AGUACGCGCCCAGCGCCUACGCGGAUCGUCGCGGUGCUCGUCGUCCUCGUUUGUCGUCGCUGGUGGUGUACAGUUUUUUUCCUUCUCUUUCUUUUUCUCACCCGCUACGAAUUAUCCCCUUGUAAACCGUGCGUGGUUCGCCGACAACGAGAAGCCGGUCGAACGAGAGACACGUCGAAACGGAGAGAGAAAAAGGGACAUCGUUUCAGUUCGUCUGCAGCCGCCACCGCCGCCGCUGCUGUCGCUGUUCUUUUCUCGACCGGCUCGCGAGCAGCGUGCGUCUUUCUCCACGGUGGUCGGACACGCAUAGUGCUGGAAGAAGAAGAAGAGGCGAAGUACACGGGAUUUUUAUCGCUGCGCCAACAAGACUGUGCCUCUGUGACAGCCUCUCUGUCUGGCUUCCGGAGCUGGCCGGCUCUACGCGUCCCGCUAGGCACAUCAGCAUGAUAUGAUAGCAGCGACCGACGAGAGCUCCCCCGCAAGAUGAAGAAUCCUUACGUCCUCGCGUGCUUCCUGCUGCUGUUGCCCUCGGUGCUGGGCCUCGCGUUGCAGGAGGACGACCUCGUGUUCGACGAUGUCGGCGAAGAGAACACCGGCAGUACAGCAGCAACGGUGAUAAGCUGCGAGGAACCGCCGCGCAGGGUCAGCUGGCACGAUCAGAAACGUCCUCUAGAACCGAAAAGGUACCAGCUCGACAGGCUACGUGACAUUCCGCGUGUCGUCGUCCCUGUUGGCCACCUGCUCAAGCUCAAGGUCGACAGGGAAAUGUUCAGCGGUCCUGAAGACUACUUCGAGCUGUUCGAUCCAAACCGGAAUAAGCUUCUGCGAUGGCUCUACUGGAAGGACUCAGAGUCGACCCUAUUGGGCAUCCCAACGAAGAAGGACAUCGGUAGCCAUCUUUUGAGCGUGAAAGUGAUGGGAAAGCACGACGACACAGCGAAGGACCUUUUCGUUGUCCAAGUGGUCCCGGAGAAGCACGAGGAAUUGAAGCACAAGGACGGAAAGACACACUGCAGCAAAGGGGAAGAACAAACGCUGCUGACGAUACUGCUGAGCACGAGGUUCGACAACCUCAUGCCUUGCACAAGGGUCAACGCCAUUGAGAACCUGGCUUCAUUUCUGGGACUUCACGUGAGCGCGUUCUCGAUACACCCGCAAAGCGCCAAGGAGAACCUGAACGCCGAUUCCUCCGUGUUGCUCAGCGGGCCAGGAAACGUGAAACAUCGUAAGGAUAAGAAACAUCUGACGGCGAUUCAGUGGCAGGUCGGCUGCGACGGUCACUUAUGGCGACACCAGACUGAUUUGGUGAAACACCUGCGAGAGCAAGCUAAGGACGGCACUCUGGCGGAAGUGAUGCAGCUUCCGGUUCUUCUAUGGCGCGUGACGACGGAGUCGAGCUUGUUAGUCCGGAAUAGAAGAGAGGUCGGUUCCGGAGACUAUGGUAACCCGGACGAUUACGGUGGUUACGAUGAGUACGACGACGAGUACGAGGAUGGAGAGGAAUACGGCGAGGAUGGCGAUGACUCGACAGCCCAGCCAACUAUUAUACCGGAAACGAACUCUGCUAGAGGGAACGCGGGAGUGGAACAACAUCCUCACAGGCAUCAUCACGGCGAAGGACAGAUCGAUUGGAACACCGAGGAGAGCGGCAGCGUUAUUCCAGAUGUGAAUCAAGCGAACGUAUUGGAGAGUGGAACGAAUAAAACCAGUACAGAUGCCACGACCAUCACAACAACCACUGAACUUACAUCACCACCACCACCAUCAACAACUCCAACAACCACCUCCAUCACCACCACGACGACUACAUCAACUACUACGUUAUCAUCACCAUCAACAACAACAUCAACCACCACUCAACAACCGUCACCGUCAACUACGGCCACUAGUACCACAACAAGCACAACAACGCCAACAACAAUAGCAGAUACAACAACGGCAAGCAUCAUACCGACAACCAUUCCAGCAACGACUGAAAUACCAGCAGAGAAGCCGGGGACCACGGAAGAAACGACGAAGAAUACAAGAUACACGGAGAACGAAUCUCUAAACGUCUCAUCCACUAUACCAGAACUCACCACGAUCCCUCCUUCGGUAAUAGUUCCUCAUUCUAGCACGACCACUACUACCACCAAUGGAACCACACCUACCACCGUUAUUAUCGAAAGGACGGAAACGGAUGUGACCGGUGGUACCAUUAAUGUCACCACGGAAGAGCCAGUGGAACAGUCGUCGGUGUCCUCGACGAAACAAUCCACUACACUCUUACCGAUCACUGUACCUGCAAACGCCACGAAUACGUCUACAAUCACCACACUCGUCAUGAAUACCAUCACACCACCCACAACGACCACACAAAUGAGAAUAAUACCUACUACCACAACUACCACUACCACUACCACCACCAUGGCUCCGACAACCAUUAACGCAACCUCUACCACGACCACUACCACACCGACAACGAUCAGCACUACCACUGAACUGCCCAGAGUUACCGUGGAGACCGGGAUUUCCAACUUCCCGCCUAAACAAGACAGAAGACUGAAGAAGAUACCUGUCACAGCUGGAAAACCGUUGAGCUACAUCAUACCUAGUAAUACGUUCAGUGAUUUCGAGGAUGGAGAUACCAGGAAUCUGAGAUUGAGUUUGUACCUGCAGGGUGCACCUUUGAAAACUUCCCAUUGGCUUCAGUUUAAUCAGAAGACUCAGGAAGUUUAUGGACUGCCAUUGGAGAAUGAUAUUUCUACCUGGAACUACGAAUUGGUAGCUGCAGAUAGCGAGGGACUGAAUGUGACAGAUAGAUUGGAUAUUCAUGUACAACAGCAUAAGCUUAGUCGCAGUGUUAAUCAUGAAUUCAGUAUUUAUUUGAGGCUCGAUAAACGUACCGAGUUUCCUACGGACGUAGACUGGCAGCUAAAGGUAAUUCGAAGCUUAUCCGAAUUGUACGGAGAUAGCGACACCAGGCAUAUCACUGUUCGAACGGUCGAUAUUGAUCGCGAUCAGGCGAUUUUCACUUGGACCAAUGAUAGUUUACCUAGGAGCAGCGAGUGUCCCAAGGAAUACAUCAACGAUUUGUUGCAUGUCUUGAUGGAUAGAAGUGGCGAUCCUAGUUCUGCGCUGAGAGAAGUUCUCCAACCCGAAAUGAGAGUAAAACGAGUGGUCUAUCAGGGUAUUGGACAGUGUGAGGACAUGACUCAUCCAGAGUUACCAAAAGUUUCUACACAGGAGCCUAAAUCAAACUACCCGCCAUUACCGAGGAACCAAGUGGACCUCGUGAAUGCUAGUGUCGGCCAGUUACUUGUAUUUAAAGUUCCAGAAGAUACUUUCUACGAUGUAGAAGAUGGUUCCGCAAGAAACAUGCAAAUGUCUCUGCUGACCACCGAACGUAAGCCUAUCCCACCACAGGAAUGGCUGCAGUUUGACAGCAAGAACCAAGAAUUUUAUGGAGUGCCAAUGCAUAGAGACGUAGGACGUAAAGAGUACCAAUUAGUUGUCACAGACAAAGAAGGUGCAAGUGCUACAGAUGGCCUAGUCGUUGUGGUUCACCCUGCUCCCUUCAUGGUCAACACAGUGGAAUUCUCCAUGACCUUAGAUAUCCCUUACGAAUCAUUUGCUCACUCUGCCCUCCAGAAGCGUAACUUCAUCGAAAAACUCCGUGAUUUAUAUCAGGACAAAGACACGAACGCUAUUUCGUUGUACAAUAUAUCAAAUGGUAGCACAGUGAUCACGUGGCACAACAGAACCCUCCCUACCUUGUAUUGCGCUAACGACGAAGUUGCCAGAUUGCGAUCUGUGCUCGUAAAGAGCGACAACGAUCGCCGAUCAGUUACGGAUGAGGUCCUAGAGAUUAUGGGCCCGAAAUUCCCCGUGAAACAGAUCACAGUGAUACCCAUGGGUAUCUGCGUUGGCGAAUUAACAAACGUUCACUCGCCUGAUAAUCACGCUCCACCGGUGGACGAUUCCACUGCGGUUGGGGCGUUCCACGAUGACUAUCUCCUCACGUUCGUCCUGCCGGCAGUAAUUGUCAUCGUGAUGAUCAUCCUGACGGGUAUCGUUGCCUGCGUAUUGCACAGACGAAAACGCAGCGGCAAGAUGAGCGUCAGCGAUCAGGACGACGAGAGACAGAGUUUCCGUAGCAAGGGAAUACCGGUCAUAUUCCAGGACGAGCUAGACGAGAAGCCUGAUCCAGGCAAUAAGUCUCCGGUUAUUCUGAAGGAAGAAAAACCACCACUACCACCUCCGGAGUAUCAAAAAGCUGAAGAUGGCGCGGACGUACCAAUGCUGCCAAAGGAAAACUCCGAAGAGCCGUACCAACCACCGCCUCCGUUCGCAACGAAUCGCGAUACCAAUCGUCAGAACCGCCCUAAACCCACUCCAACGUACAGGAAACCGCCCCCAUACGUACCCCCCUAACAAAAUACGGUCCAUUCACCGACGCGCAAAUAUAUGCUAGCGAUGCUCGGAGACUCCCCAACACACGCGCAAAACCAAACGAACAACCAUCAGAAGAAACCUCAGUUUGCCGUUAAAGUCGACAACUGUGGACCUCUGAACGUAUACAACAAUCUUAAGUAAAAAAAAGGAAAAAAAGAGAAAAAAGAACAAAAAACAAAAAAAAAA